AUGGAACAGAUAUGGUUGCUGUUGCUUCUAACAAUAAGGGUACUUCCGGGAUCUGCUCAGUUCAAUGGCUACAACUGUGAUGCCAACCUCCACAGUAGAUUUCCUGCCGAAAGAGACAUCAGUGUCUACUGUGGGGUGCAGGCCAUUACAAUGAAGAUUAAUUUUUGCACAGUACUUUUCUCCGGUUAUUCUGAAACAGAUCUUGCCCUGAACGGAAGGCAUGGGGAUUCCCACUGCAGGGGGUUCAUCAAUAACAACACCUUUCCUGCUGUGGUUAUUUUCAUCAUCAAUCUCAGCACCUUGGAGGGCUGUGGCAAUAACUUAGUGGUAUCCACAGUCCCUGGAGCCAGUGCUUAUGGAAACACAACUUCAGUACAAAUAGGAAAUAUUUCAGGAUACAUUGAUACUCCAGAUCCACCAACGAUCAUCAGCUAUCUACCUGGGCUUCUUUACAAAUUUAGUUGUAGUUAUCCAUUGGAAUACCUGGUUAAUAAUACACAGCUUGCUUCGUCCUCAGCUGCUAUUUCUGUAAGAGAGAACAAUGGUACAUUUGUCAGCACUUUGAACCUGCUCCUUUAUAACGAUUCAACCUACAGUCAACAGUUAAUUAUCCCGAGUAUAGGAUUGCCUUUAAAAACCAAAGUAUUUGCAGCUGUGCAAGCCACUAAUCUGGAUGGCAGAUGGAAUGUCUUAAUGGAUUAUUGCUACACAACCCCAUCAGGGAAUCCAAAUGAUGAUAUUCGGUAUGAUCUCUUCCUUAGCUGCGACAAAGAUCCACAGACCACGGUCAUUGAAAACGGCAGAAGCCAGCAGGGCCGGUUCUCCUUUGAAGUGUUCCGAUUUGUGAAGCACAAGAAUCAGAAAAUGUCCACCGUCUUCCUGCACUGCGUGACCAAGCUCUGCAGAGCUGAUGACUGCCCCUUCCUUAUGCCCAGUUGCAGCCACAGAGAGAGGAGAGACACAGGGAGGAGGACCACGUGGAGCCCCCAGAGCACUUCCGGAAAUGCCAUCCUCUCUGCGGGGCCCAUCAUUACUCGGAGUGAUGAGACUCCAACCAACAACUCACAGCUUGGUUCUCCAAAUCAACCACCAUUCCAGCUGAAUGCCGUCACCAGCGCACUGAUAUCAGGAAUGGUCAUUCUGGGUGUCAUGAGCUUUUCGCUACUCUUGUGCUCACUGACUCUUCUGCACAAGAAGGCACCCAACAGUUUGGUGUUGAAUAGCAUAAGGAACCCAGUCUUUGACUGA